CCCGCCUCGCCCGGGAUGCUGCUGCCGCUGCUGCGGAGUAGCUGCUUCCCUUCCUCUUCCCCUGGCGGCGGCGGCGGCGGCGGCGGAGCAGACACGGGCGCGGGGGGCCGGCCGGCGGCCCAGCUGCAGCGCGGAGCCCGCGGGCCGCCGGGGCCGCUCGAGCGCGCGCUCGCCCAGCCCGGGGCCGACCCGCGGCGCGCGGCGGAGGCCGAGGGAGCGCGGGGGCCCGGGGCGCGCGGCGGGCGGCGGGGGCCGCAUGCGUGCAUGGAUCCGGGCGCCGCGCUGCAGAGGCGGCCCGCGGGCGGCGGCGGCCUGGGCGCGGGCUCCCCGGCGCUGUCGGGCGGCCAGUCCCGGCGGAGGAAGCAGCCCCCCAGGCCGGCCGACUUCAAGCUGCAGGUCAUCAUCAUCGGCUCCCGCGGCGUGGGCAAGACCAGCCUGAUGGAGCGCUUUACCGACGAUACCUUCUGCGAGGCCUGCAAGUCCACCGUGGGUGUUGACUUUAAAAUCAAAACCGUAGAGCUAAGAGGAAAGAAAAUUAGGUUACAAAUCUGGGACACAGCAGGUCAGGAGAGAUUCAACAGCAUUACCUCAGCUUAUUACAGAAGUGCCAAGGGGAUCAUAUUAGUGUAUGAUAUCACUAAGAAGGAGACAUUUGAUGAUUUGCCAAAAUGGAUGAAGAUGAUUGAUAAGUACGCUUCAGAAGACGCAGAGCUUCUUUUAGUUGGAAAUAAGUUGGACUGUGAAACUGACAGAGAAAUCAGCAGACAACAAGGUGAAAAGUUUGCACAGCAGAUAACUGGGAUGCGGUUCUGUGAAGCAAGUGCCAAGGAUAACUUCAACGUGGACGAAAUAUUCCUGAAGCUUGUUGAUGACAUCCUGAAAAAGAUGCCUCUGGACAUGCUAAGGAACGAGCUGUCCAAUAGCAUCCUCUCCUUACAACCAGAGCCUGAGAUCCCACCAGAACUGCCUCCACCCAGACCACACGUCCGAUGCUGUUGAUUCGCUACUUUGGAGACAAAGUGGGAGCGAUUCCUGGAGAGGGGAAAGGUUCCAUUCUGCACUACAAUCAUUUUGACCAUUUCCUUUCGCACUUUGUAAUCCAAGUCAGAGCUAUACACUAACUUGUAAAUACGCAGAUAUGCAAUCCUGGGUAAGUUUUGGUUAUAAAUGACAUAUUUCCCUCCAAAUUGUUAUAUUUCAUGCAUUAUCCCAGUGCCUAGUGUAUGUACACUGGGAAACGUAGUACUUCUAAUACGAAGAACAGGAGAAAUGAGAGCUAUAAUGUUUCUUGAAAUAAAUAAUUGUCCUUGUUAAUUAUAUUAUGAGGACAGAGAUAUUCUGAUAAGAAGAAAGAACGUGGUGCUUUGCUUACUGUUUUAAAGAAAAUUUGUAAAACUAAAGACUUUUUUUUUGCGGGGGGCGGGGAAGUGAUCUUGAAUGCUUUUUCUUUAUUUACAUUUCUCCCAGCCGUAGCAUCUUUGAAGUGUUGGAGUGUUUCCCACAAAGCAAGCCCAUUCAUAGCCGUCUUGAAGGUUAUUUAUUCACAUUACGUAUUACUGGUAAAAUAUGACUAGUUAGAAGGUAGGACUUGAAUUGGUCCCGAGGCCCGAAUCUCUCUGGUUUCCUGAUGGACAUACCCUGUGCUUUUCAGAACUACAAAGAUUCAGUAAAGAAGUGUUUUUGAAACUAUAGAAGAUUUAAAAAGAACACUGCUGUCCUAAACAAAUCUUGUUUAAAGGAAUUUUAAAGAGAUACAUUUUACUAUAUCAAAGAACGUACCUGUAUUUGCCUAAACAUUCUAUAUACCUUUGUAAUGAUAAAACUUCUCCCCUUGAUGGUGAAGCUUAUUCCUGUUAAGCCUAGACUGUGUUCUCCCCCCCCCCCCCACCCCGGUCUGAUAAUGAAUUUGUGAACUCUUAUCUUUGGUAUAUCUUUUCUUAAACUGCACUGUUGUUUAGUCAAGGUAAAUAAGUCAUUAUGUAUUUGAAUAACUUGGCGUGUCUUGAGUGUUGUGAUAUGAGAAGCAUUGUGGUCUUUCUACACUAAUGAAAUGCAAAUAAAAUUUUGUAUUUAUGAAUGACAGUUGAGUUGCCACA